CCAAAGCCGUGAACAAUUAAAAUACCUACACGUCGUGUAGCUGUCAAUGUCACUCUUGUUGAUGUGAUUUGGUGGUGGGUGGUGGCGAUUCUAGAUUUUCUUGCCGGAAAAACGAUAAUUCUCGAUUAUUACCGCUAUGUUCAAGCUAAAACUUUCUGCGCUAGGUCAUCCGACUCCCGAUAGCUUUAACUGUGAAGAUGAAAAGGAGUAUAGAAGUGUAGUGCUUUGGUUGGAAGAUCAAAAAAUACGGCAUUACAAGAUAGAAGAGCGUGAAGGUCUCAGAAACAUCGAUGCCGAUAGUUGGACCGAUGCUUAUAAUUCAUAUCAAAAAGAUUUAGUCAGCCCUGCGUCUGAGGGAACUUUAAAUGAACAACUGAAUUGGUUGCUUUCUUAUGCUGUCCGAUUAGAGUAUGCUGAUAAUGUUGAAAAAUAUAAAGAUGCUAAAGUUGAAGAAACAAAAAAGACUGCGCCUAAUGUAGUAUCUUCAAACCCAUUGGAUAAUCUCGAUUUUUCAAGCCCUGCCUUCAAAGCCGGAGUGGAGAGAGUAUCAGCACUGGCUGGGGUUGGUCCACAUCCAGACCCAAAAAUGAGACUUGCAGCGCUAGCUAAAAUACUAAAAACAGCACCUCAUCCAGAUCCCCUGAAGACUGAAGCAAACAUGAUUCAACGUCCGUCUGAUGUCCUUACCCUCUUAUUUGUGCAAGAUCUUAGAGAUUUGCAAACGAAAAUUAAUGAGGCCCUAGUGGCUGUGCAAAAUGUAACAGCUGAUCCUCGCACUGACACUAAACUUGGAAAAGUUGGAAGAUAAUUUGGUCUAAAGCAUGAAAUCUGAUUAAUAGUAAUUUUGUUUACAAAAUCUCACAAUAAAUAUCUUAAAUAUUCAAA